GAGAUAGUCCGCUGACCUCCAUCCAACGGCAUCCCUCACUCAGAUCUAUGCUGUCAUCCGGUAGCUGAGGAUCUUUAAAUAUAGCAAAACAGGCAGAGACAACAACUAACACAUUCUUCUUUUGUCUCUCGUGUAGCUUACACCAGCGUGAAAAACCUCUCGCUAAUGAGGUGGCAUGCAACACUGACAUCGUAUUCUUAGCAUGUCUUAGGCAGCCUACAUUUCCCGGUCGCACAUGUACGCAAUCCCAGUCUCUCUUUCUCUCUCGAAAAAAGGAUAAAGUCUCUGGACUGGUCUUGAGAUCGAGAUUGGAACCAAGAUAGAACGCACAUUUUCCCCUUCCACAGAUGAACAACAACUUCGAACUGCCUCCCCUGCUACGUUUACCACCUGAACUGCGCCGGGAGAUCUACUCCUACUUGAAUCUUGCUCCCAGCCCCGAAGAAGAGAUCACGACGAUAAAUUAUGCCCUAGACUGGCCAUUCUUCGAACAUCCCAGCUCAACCACUUUCACCGCACACCAAGUGGACAGAUGCAGAUGUCCACAGCAAUCAUCCCGUCGAACUAACACUCGCACCGAAGACCACAUCUACACUCGCUACGUCUGCCACGGCCCGGAGGUCCAAUUCGCUACCAGAUCGCGGUCACUAUGGGUUCUCGAGAAGCCAGGCCCCGCAUUCAACAUACUCCGGCCCGCAUCCCAGGAUGAGAAGGAGAGACGGCCCGAUGCUGGCAUAAUCAGCGUCAACAAGACCAUCUACCGCGAGACAAUACCGCUACUAUAUCGCCAACGCAAUUUCCUUUUCCUCACGAGUAUCUGUUCUCGGGGCCGCUAUCAAGCAUAUGCUACCCAGCAAUGGCUUUCUCUCCACACGGCCUACGCUCGCUCGCAGAUUACGAGUAUUAGUCUGCUUUGCCAGGAAAACGAAGAAGAUUGUCGACUCCGCGACGUAGCAAUGUCCUAUGUCAAUUUCUCCAAAUUUGCCUUGAGGCAUCUGGUGAACUUCCAGUCCCUCUGUUUGAAUGUCUGGUCAUCGGACAUCCCGCUGUAUCCGUUUGCUAUGCUCUUCCACAGGCCGGAAAUGCGUAUAUAUGUCAAAACUCAUGUCGGAGAUCCCGAGCUUUAUGGCUUUUACGAUGAAGGGACUUUCAUGAGCCAAUUCGGCGACCCGAACGGUCAGUGGGCUGAGAGUUAUGAGAAGCAUGUCAAAGAGCUGGGAUCCGAGGAACACGAUUCAGAGGAGUCUGUCGUUGACGAAGUAGUGUAGUGCUAAUUUGCACUGAGAUAUACAUAGUCAAAAAUUAAUUUUAAACUGUCG